ACAAGUCCAGGCAAAGGAACCUGCUCAGUCCCAGCCUCACCAUCAGCCACAGAUCAGCUGACUGAACAUGCUCCAGAGCCUGGUCGCCCCAGGUCCACUCAGCAACAUCCUGGCAGCAGCAACAGACUCAUCUGGCCCCCCAGCUUCUCCAGAUGUUCCCCAGCCCCCUCGGAAGACCCCCUUUAACAUUGACGCCAUCCUCUCCAAGCCAGAGCCCCAGAAGGAAGGUGCAGUCUCUGCCAGAUGGUCCUCCAAGCUGCCUCUGGAGUGGCAUAGCUGGAUUUACCCAGCCACCUACUCCAUUGGCCUCAUGACUUACCCAGCCAUGUACCUGGAUAAGCUGGGCUAUGGGGUUGUGCACCAGUACCAGCAGCUGCAGCACAGAUUGCAGAGGGGCUGCCUGUUCUCUUAUCCCAGCUGUAAUCAAGACAGUCUGGAAUUGUCUGGUUGUGUAGGAGCUGUCUCGCUGGGCCCUCCUGUUCCUUGGAGAUCCAGGGGGCCCUGUAAGAUGAAGAGGGUCCGCACAGUCUUCAAACCGGAGCAGCUGGAGCGGCUGGAGCAGGAAUUCCUCAAACAGCAAUACAUGGUGGGCACGGAGCGGGUGGAUCUGGCAGCCACCCUGCACCUCACAGAGACCCAGGUGAAAGUCUGGUUCCAGAACCGGAGGAUCAAAUGGAGAAAGCAGAGCCUGGAGCAGAAGAAAGCGAAGCUGUCGCAGUUUGGAGGAAUGCAGCCUGUUCCUACGGACUCGAUGGACCUUGAGAACAACGAGGAAGACACGGUGGACGUGGAGGUCUAAAUGGCUUGAGAAUUCCCUGCUGCAGACGUUGCUCUUGCGAUGGAACUAGCAGGGGUUUACAGCUAUGCCCAAGGAGAAGACUGACCGAUGAAGCUACCAGGGAGUUAAGCAGCUGCUCCAUACAUGUGCUUCUCCAGCCAGAUAAAUAGAUCAAGCUCUUUAUCUGAAUGCUGAUGAUACCGGACUGACCUGGCACUGUCUAGGAUGAGUCCGUGAUAUGCAACACCCACUGUCUGGCAACCUCAUACUAGACACCCAGGCCUGCUGCUCAUCAGGUCAGUUGCGCAUGGGCAGCUUCCAGAUAACCCACACGUCUUUCUUUUCUCUAUUGAAAUGCCAGAAAGCAUGGUCCCUUUCCAGCAGAAAGACUGGGGCUAAAAUUAGAGAUUGGAGGGUGGGGGGGCAGUCAUAGAGUUCAGAUCCAGACAUCAGUGCAUGUAAAUGCAGUGCUGUUGUGGUUUAUCAGCCCCCUGGCGGUGCUGAGCUACCAGCUAGGGUAGCCCUGACAGGAAGGGUGAUAAGAGAAUCAGACUCAUGAUUUUUUUCCCCCCUAGUAGCCUCUCUAGUUAAUUUUAUUUCCACGUCAGGUUUGCAGUUCAGAUCUGCCCAAAAAUUGCUCCACUAAAAUUUGCAAUAAAGUAAACGAGAUCUGACCAAACUAAGGAGAAAAAAGCCCAAUGGGCCAUAAUUGAGGGCUUGAUACUGCCACAAGCACAAUUCUCAUUGAUUUCAAUGGGAGCUCUGUGAAGAGCAUGAUGCUGCUGUCCCUAUAUACUGACCCCGAUUCUGAACUUAUUUACACCAAUCCUCCACCGAUGUAACUCCAUUAUCUGUAGUAGUUUUCUGAAAGCUGUAAGUGCCUAGGGCUUAGAAUGAAAAUGCCUCCAGGCAGCCCUCCUGCAGUGCUACAAUAAGGAUUUGUACAUUUUUGCCUCUCUCCUGGCCUGCAAAGCCCAGAUCAAAGACCUCAGUCCACCCCUACGCACAUAUUGCAUUACGUUUACCAUGCAGAGAGGCACUCAAGUGGCAAAAUCUGGGCCUAGCUUUCAGUUACCUCUCUCCAUCGGGCAGUGUUUGGAUCUGGGAUUUUGCUUUGGCCCAUUAUACAAAUUUUGCUUUGGAUUUCAAACACCAACUUUAUACCAAGCAUAGUAUUACCCCCCACCCCAGCAAUGCACACACACUCGUUAGGACUCCAGCUGUAGUUGCUAUGUUGUGUUUUCUAUCUCUGCAUUGUGUACCGCGUGUCAGAGCAAACAGCAUCUGGUGGUUUUGCCCAGUAUCUCAGAAUAGAGCCAAUUUUAACAGGAGAGCAAACUGGGUUUGUGACUGUUGAGGACAGGUGAGGCUCAAUCCCUCUUGUACCUCAUUGUAUCAGGUGUGCUUUGAGUUCACAUUGCCAGCUGCUAAGGGCGCUUUUCGCACCCAAAAGCUCAGGAUAAUUUAUUGUGCCGCUUUUUGAGCCAGAACAUUGUAAAUAACACGACUCUUGUAUUAUUUAU